AGGUCGAAAAGAAACCCUGCACGAGAUGAUGGAGGCAUGGGUUCGAUCGAAUGGUCGUUACCAAUUUCCAAGACCGGCAACAAUGUUAAUGGCGCCAAGAAAGAAGAACUUACUCAAGUCAUAGCAAAGAGGAUGAUGAAAAGUCGUGCAGGAGGCUAUAAAGGCAUGGAUUCGGUCGAAUGGUUGUCACCAAAUUCCAGGAACAUCAACAAUGUUUAUGGGGCAAAGAAAGAAGAACUUACUCAAGUCAUAGCCAAGAGGGAUAAACGGAUUUCCAAGUUUAACAUUAUUGGUGGUUAUGGAAACAGUGGUUUGGACCAGUUCAGCACCAGUACAGUUGCAACAACGUCAAAAUAUAUUGACUACGACAAAUUGCGCUGGAAAUGGAUUGCAACAGGGGGAAUGAAAAAUGAACCCUGUGGCUACUUUAGUUAUAUUCGGUGCUAGUGAAGAUCUCGCUGAACAGU